GGAAAAGAUAGACUCGUCUGGCAAACGUAACUAAAAAGAGAAUUAGCUAUAUGCCGUGAAAUGCAAACCUAGCAGUCUCUUGACAUCACCACAGCCGCGCUGUAUAGACACUUCGUUUAGGUUACGAUAAUGGUCAGUCGGGUUUACUGUAACUUUGUUUGAACACACAGGGAGUGGCCCUCUGGAACGCAUGGGAAAUAAUUAUACGCAUGGGAAAUAAUUAUGCUUUAAAGGUACACGGGAGACAGGCUAGACUAGAGGCGACACAUAUUUAGACAGAGGUAUCCGUAGGCAAUAGACGAUUCUUCUCAUCUUCACCGCUUCUCACAGUUUCCAUCAUGGCGUAUGCUGCCUAUUGGACCAGCCUUCAGAGAACUGGUCCUAGUACCACACUUGGAGAGAAGCAGGUGGAUGGCCGGUCUUAUAAUACUCGAGCUGCUGCAGCCUCUAAGGCUCAGCCUGAUUAUGACUGCUGUCAAUGCUUUAAGAACGCACCCAAAGGUUACCAAGAGUUACCGAGUGAGUCGGUCCCACCCGAGUUGUUCCACCCCAGUUCGCAGCCCAGACAAUAUUCAUCCACUUCAGUGGCCCAGGUUGCCGUGAAUCCAGCACAAUUUGAGAGUGCAUCUGCCGCCUCGACCAUGGCUACGAAGCCAAGGGCGGAGUCCGUGACAAUGGGUGGAGCCACAGGAAGUGGUGUCGCAGCGGGAGGAAGUCCUACUACAGCCGGGACAACACAGAGAGGAGCUGCCAAAGUGAUGAUGCCAGAGACGACACUUGUCUCUCCAAACACUGCUGGAGCAGGUGCUACUAUUAUUGACAUACCAACACCUGGGACCAGAAGCAGUCCUAAAGACACCCCAAAGACUGCGCCCAUGCACCCUGCCAAAGCUACACCUCCUACCCCUGGAGGAGGAAAUAUUGUCGGAGUGGCGGCGACACCGUGGAAAGCUGAAGUACCGAAGCUCCAAGAGUCUCCGAAACAGACAGCUAAGAGUGUGCCCACCACAUCUAGCAAAGCUGACAUGGCUAAAAAGGAUCCUGCUAAGUUGCCCCAGGCUGUUUCUGCAGGCGGUGCCGCGGCUGGAGGCCCCUCUCAGAAGGGUCCAGUGACCAAGGUACAGGUGGAAGUAGGUCCCCCAGCAGCCAAGACAGCCAAAGAGGAGCUUGAUGCGGACCCCUUUGAUGCCCUGGCUAAUUUCUUGCCCUCGUCAGAGCCUCUCGCCCCUGCAGCCCCCAUAUACACCGGGCCAGAGGUUAUAGAGCAUGGCUUGACCCAUCAGGAGGGAGUGAUAUGUGGGGGGAACAACUGCCCACUGCCCCCAGGAUACCGAGUUGAGGACAUGGCCCCAGUUGCAGAUGUCAAGCCAAAGGAUGUCCCGAAACCCAUGAGCACAGAUGAUGCUCUGGAAUCCCUCUCCUUUGGGUUCACAACCUCUACUGCUCCCAUCCCUCAGAAACAGGAGAAGAAAGUGGAGGACUUGGCUACCAUUGAUGCCUUGUCUGCUGGCUUCUCCAACUUCGCUCCCCCUCCACCCGCUCCUGUCAAGAAAACUGAGUUUAAGUCUCCCGUUGUGACCAAGUCUGCUGCUCCCCCCGCGGACAAGAAAGCUAAGGUGGAAAAGUUGGCUGACUCCCCAAUGGACACCAAGCCUAAGACAGAUGAGGGUAUGUCCCUGGAUGCUCUCAAUGCUCUGGGAGACACUCUGGCUUCUCCAGAACCAGCGCCCAAACCUCCCAAAAUCAGACCUGAGGACAUUGUCACGGAGGGCAAACUGACAUCAGAGGCGGGUGUGUUUGUGGGUGAGAGGGACGACACUAUCCCACCAGAGUACAGGUUCACAAAGGACAAAGUCAUAGACCUGCCUCCUCCCAAGAAAGAGCCUUCCAUGGACGCUGGCGAGGCUCUGGACAUCCUGUCAGGUGACUUCAUGUCUUCUUCUGUGGCUCCAUCUGUCCAGGCUCCUGUCCUGUGCCCCCCAGCUCCUCCCAAACAGGCUGAAAUAGAUGAUUUAGCAGCCCUGGAUGCCUUGGCUGGAGACUUUGUGGCUCCUACUAAGGCCUCCGCUGUCCAGGCCCCCGUGGUGCCUCACUUCGACAACCCCCCACAGAGAGCCGUUUGUACAUUUGACCUUGAAGCCCCCAGCAUGGCUCCUGUUGUACCCGGAGCCACUACUAAACCCGGAGCCACUACUAAACCCGGAGCCACGACUAAAGCCGCAGCACCUACUAAAGCCGCAGCACCUACUAAAGCCGCAGCACCUACUAAAACCACCACUGAUGAGGGUAUGUCCCUGGAUGCUCUCAGUGCUCUGGGAGACACUCUGGCUGCUCCAGAACCAGCGCCCGAACCUCCCAAGAUCAGACCUGAGGACAUUGUCACGGAGGGCAAACUGACAGAGAUGGAAGCUGUGCUUGUGGGUGAGAGGGAUGACACUCUCCCACCAGAGUACAGGUUCACAGAGGGCAAAGACCUGCCUCCUCCCAAGAAAGAGCCGUCCAUGGACUCAGGUGAGGCUCUGGACAUCCUGUCAGGUGACUUCAUGUCUUCCUCUGUGGCUCCAACUGUCCAGGCUCCUGUCCUCUGCCCCCCAGCUCCUCCAACACAGGCCGCAGAUGACUUUGCCUUGGACGCCCUGGCAGGGGAAUUUGUAGCCCCAGCUGUUGCCCCUGCAGUCAAAUCUGCUGCUAACCGCCAGCUGUCUACAGGGACGGUAGAUGCUCUGGAUGCCUUGUCAGACACCUUAAUGAACAUGACUCCUAUCCCAGAGCCCGUUCCCGUCUCAGUCAGGGACAUCGUCAAGGAGAAGAAGAUCAUGGAGGAGAAGCUUAUCAAGAUGGGGGAGAGAGAUGUCAGCCUUCCAGCUGAGUACCGGCCCACAGAGAAAGACCUUAAGGCAAUGGCAGAGGCCAAAGCCCAGGCUGAUGUUAGGCCCAAGCAGCCGUCUAUGGAUGACAGCAGUGCCCUCGACCUCUUGUCUAGAGACUUCUCUUCCUCACCUGGUCCUGCUGCAACCUCAGUAGUUGUGACAACAAAGCAGACACAGCCCAGUCUGGAGAGCAACAGCAAGUCAAGGUCUAAGUCAAAGAAACAACAGGAGGAGAACCCAUCAGCCAAAGACCACCUGCCUGGAAAGAUGAGUUCAGAUGUAGUGCCAGGAUCCAAAAAUAAGGGUGGCAAGAGCUAGACCUCUAGGUUUCUAGCGCACUACAUGUCCCCUGCCACAUGGAGGUGCCACUAGAGGGAGCUGCUGUGAACGAUGAUUCUAUUUUUCUAAAUGGUGGAGAAUGUAUACUGGAUGAAAAACAAACAUGACCACACACACACACACACUUACACACAGACACAUGCUGUGUGCAAUGCCUUUCCUGCUUGGUUUCGCACAUGACAGAAGAUUGUACUUGUUUUGGUUUCUUUCCUUUGAGAUGAGAGCAAAAUAAAGAGUGAGAGGAGAGAGAGAGUUUGUUGUAAUUUAUUCCUCAUGGUUGACAGAGCAUCUGUGCAAUCCUGUGAGAAAAAUUAAAUGGGAUGUGUUGCCCUAGCUAAGUCUGUAUUGCCCCAAUGUUGCAGUGACGUUGCUUCAACAUUGCUACAAUGUUGGGUAAAUGAGCGUGAUCUGGGUAAUGGUGAGCGUGAUCUGGGUUUAGGAACAGUGUAUAGUGGGUAUAUAGAAUUGUGAUGUCUUUGCAAUCUUGCUGUACACAGAAAAGCAAGUUUUCUAUUAUGUGGACAGCCAACAUAAGACACUAGCGUACAGCAUAGUCUGCUUAGUUUGAUGAUAAUACUUAGUUUACAAUAUUGAAAUGUGUAAAAGGAUUUACAGGAAGUGAUCUGCUUGGUACGGAUGCAUCUGAUAGCUCAUGCAAUACUAUAUAUUUACUUUCUUGAUAGAUAUCGCUUUACAGAAGGGUCUAUGUGUGUACUUUGCCUCGUAGAAGCAUGUAUUGGUUUCCGAGAGUGCACUUACAAGUAAACUUGGGUGGUCACUACCUCUGUAAACUGCCUUUGUUUGUAUACUGUAAAACAGUCCCAAGGGCUAUCACUUCUACUCAAAAAGUCAAAAGCUGGUAUGACAGAAUUCUACAUACAGUAUUUCGGUGCAGGUCUCAAACUCAAAACUUGAGAGAUAUUUUGGAAAUGGGAAUUCUAAUUUAAUAAAAAUAUGUGAAAAAGAA